AUGCAGGCAAGGGUGCUCUACUCUCUAAAAAAUGUUCAGACGAAGUUGAUUUCUGCGUUGCCUGCAUGCAAACAAUUGACCGAGGCAAAGAAAAGCCGAGUGUUUGUCAGUAUGCGACGACGCAUCGGAGGGGUCUUAUGCCUAUCAAUAGCCCAAGUCGCCUCGGGCCACAAGCGGUUUCCCCCCACGGGUUCGUGUGUGCGUCCGGGAAUGGACGGCACGAUUGCCUCAAGUGGACACAGGCUCUACAUGAUGAGUCAAGACUUGGCAUUUGUAGAGCAGCGCCUCAUUAGGGCCAUGGCUGAGUCUCAAUGGGACCAGUCUCUGACGCACGCCCUCAAUAAAUUGCGAGAACUACGAGAGAUGGUUGCGGCCAUUCAGGCCAUGCACACAGAGGUGACCUCGGUGUGGAGUAGCAUUACAGCAGCCGCGCGGGAUCAGGCGUGUUGCCUUCGGUAUAUCAGAACCCUCAAGACAGCAGCUGAGGCCAGCGAAUCCUGCACGCAUCCUUCAGAAGGGCUCUCUGCAGCAGGAAAGGAAUUUUCUAGGUCCUUUUGCUCAAAAGACUUCACAGUCAACGCCGAGUAA